AUCUUUGUUAGGGGCAGCGGCCCGGGCUCCGCGAUGCCGAAGUCGUGCGCGGCCCGGCAGUGCUGCAACCGCUACAGCAACCGCAGGAAGCAGCUCACUUUCCACCGGUUCCCGUUCAGCCGCCCCGAGCUGCUGAAGGAGUGGGUUCUGAACCUGGGCCGCGCCAACUUCAAGCCCAAGCAGCACACGGUCAUCUGCUCCGAGCACUUCAGACCCGAGUGCUUCAGCGCCUUUGGGAACCGCAAGAACCUGAAGCACAAUGCUGUGCCCACGGUGUUCGCCUUGCAGGCCCCAGCGCAGUUGGCGAGGGAGAACGCGGGCCCUGCCAGUGAGAGAGAUGCCGAUUUGCAGAAAGAGAAGGUCCACUCUGAGGUAGGGGCCGGGGAGGACAGCCCAGGGAGGAACAUGGACGCUGCACUUGAAGAGCUCCAGUUGCCCCCAAACAUUGAAGGCCCUGUGAGACAGGUCUUGCCACAGAGACAAGAUGAAACAGAGGCUCCUGGCUGGCCAGCCAGCCCUGCUCGAUUAAGGCCCCUUCCCAAGCAGCCAUCUGACCACAGCUACGCCCUUUUGGACUUAGAUGCCCUGAAAACCAAACUCUUCCUCACGCUGAGGGAGAACGAAAAGCUCCGGAAGCGCUUAAAAGCCCAGAGGCUGGUGAUGCACAAGAUGUCCCGCCAGCUCCGGGCCCGUGAAGAGGGCCAGCGGGGAUCCCAGGCCAGACAGCAGCCAGAGCAGCAGAGCUGAGCCUGGACGGGCUCUGGGACACGGGGAUGGCAGCAGUCCCCAGGCAGAAUGGGUUGCGUGCUCUGCUGUGGACACUUCUGUCUGCGGCUGGGAAAGUGGCAGAGACUAGCAGAUGAGGAACCCAUGUGUCCUCUGCUUGUGGAGUUAAGAGCCUCAGGCAAGGAGAGCGGGCCACAAGCAGAAGCUUAGUCCUGGUACCAGAAGCCAGGCUGAGGGGAGCUUUUGCACUCCUGUCCCUGUAGCACACUGGGCAAGGGUCAGUACCUUGGCACCAGGAGCUGUCUUGGCCCAGUGUCAGAGACCUGGAAGGAGAGGCCACUCUCCUUUGUGCCUUCUCCAGGUGUAGCCGUACCUUGUGGGGUCCCUCCCACCCCAAGCACAAAGAGACUCCUCUCCGUUUGAACACAGGAAUAAAGUGUCUUUCUACCCUGCAGGCUUUUUUCCUUCAUUUAGUCUUGCUGCUGCUAAGACUGAUGUCCUGUUUCGUGUUAAAAAACAGGUAAAAUGUGACUACCUUUCACUACAAAAAAAUUGUGACUUUAAUUAAGAGAAGCCCCAAGCCCUAGCCUGAUUUCCUGGUGUGCGCUUCUACUUCUCAGGCAGAUGUUUAACAUAGAAAAAAUGGUGUAAAACUGAAGAAUCGAAGAUGGGGACAAGGGCUCUGGGAAGCGGUCACUUGGGUGUUUUGCUCACUCCUAAAGAUGCACACAUAGACCAAGUUAAGCAGGACCCUUGGUGUGUUCAGGACAGGUUUAUUUUGGGCAGAGUGCCGCAUACAGUCAGCUUCAGACAGGAGGAGUGGCAGUGCCCAGAAAAUCCUGGGCAGCAGCUCAUGCAACACAGUGCAGGUUGCAUGUCAGUCCAUGGGGCAGUCAGAAACUUUUUUAAAAAUGGAGAAGAAAUACAGAACUGGGCAAUCUGAACUGCUUUUAAAAAUGCGGAAAGGGGUUAUUUAUUAAGAAUACUAGGGUAUUAGUGUCACGGGAAAAGUCUGGCUUUAGCACUUGCUGCAGGGGAGCUGGAAGCCAAACUGGCCUCUGCCUCUAGGGCCCAUGGUCCCAACCACUGUCUGUGCAGCACCUGCUUGGAGGGAGCAACAGCAAUUGACCACUGCCUACUUUAUGACCCAGGCCUCUGCCCAUGAGGCAGCUACCAGCCAGAGCUGUUCAGGGGUAACCCAGCAAGUGGGCAAGAAAAGGGGCCUGGGAACUGAGACACCAUGGAAGCCCAUGAGGAAGGGUUGGGUCUAGCCUGGCCUGGAAAGCAGCGCCAGUGCCACCUGCUGGGCACGCACAAGAGGCUCCUGGGCCAGCCCGGGGUUAAUGUCCGUCUGGCAUGUGUCUGAGCCUUCUUACUCUGCCUUUGCUUGUAAAGCUCCCCUGGUCCAACACUAGGCUGUAGUGGCGGUUGGGCACGGGCAGGCCAGGUUGCUCUGCAGGGGGAGGGACACAAGUUAACCUGUGUCCACAGGCAGCAGGACUUCUCAUA